AUGUCCAUGGUAUACUUCAAUAUCUUUCUAGCCUUCAUCGUAUCUCUCGUAGGAUUACUCAUAUACCGAUCCCACCUCAUAUCCUCCCUACUUUGCUUAGAAGGCAUGAUAUUAUCCCUAUUUGUAAUAAUAUCAGUAACAAUCCUAAAUAACCAUUUUACACUAGCUAGCAUAGCCCCCAUUAUCCUGCUUGUAUUCGCGGCUUGCGAGGCGGCCCUGGGACUAUCACUCCUAGUAAUAGUAUCCAACACAUAUGGAACUGAUUAUGUACAAAAUCUAAACCUCUUACAAUGCUAA